UUUUGCUAUCAAUUUCGGUUUUAGUUUCUGUCUCAGAUCAUUUUAAUAAUUCAGUUAAAUGCGGACGCUGAAGCGAUUCGGACGCAGAACUUGACUUGAACGGAAGGCCUGAAAACGACGACAGCAAAAGCAGUGCAUACAACAGCAGCAGCAGCAGCAAUAGCAACAGUGACGCUGACUAGACUAGAAAGACACGGCUGUGCUCGCAAUAAACAACAAUAGCAACAACAACAACAACAAUCAUGUAUCUUGUACGACUGCUCUAAACGUAUAAUUCAGAGAAUAUUUUGGCGUUUUUCUUGUCAUUUUUCGGUGUUGAGAAUUUUCGUAUGUGCGGUUUUUCGUAACAAAAGCAUUUUUUUCUAUGCGCCUUUUGGUUUAUUAAUAGUCUUCUUCUACGGUUUUACUUGGUGACGAAACGUGCGCGUUUGAAAAAAAAAAUUAUUAAAAAAAUACAACAACAGAAAAAGCAUGCAAAAGUAAAAGUCAAUGCAAUCAGCGACAAACGAGUCAAACAAGCGCUGGGAACAAAUAAAAAAAAAAAUAUAUAGAUAUAGAUAUCUACAUAUAAAUUGAUAAUUGCAAAUCGCACGCUUGUAUGUGUGUAGCGUGUGUGUGCGUAAAAAGUUGAAGGUGAUGACAAAGUGAACACACAGCUGAAAACCGAUUUAAGGACAUUCUAAACAAAUAAUCACAAAAAAAAAAUAUAAAGCUCGCGACGCGUUAAUUAAUGCAGCGGAAUAUUGAAAUUUGUAAAAAAAAUAUAUUCGAACCAGUCAGUUAGAUUCAGUUUUCAGAGUGUGUGCCGCACGCGUUUUAAUACGAUUAAUAAAAAAAAAAUAUUUAAAAAAAUAAAUUAAAAAAUAUUGAAAAAUAUUGAAAAAUUAAAAAAACAAAAUUUCACACAAAUUCGAAAUUAAUUGCAAUGCUCACAAACUUGUAACAGAACACAAAAAUUAAAAAAAAAAAACAUAAAAUAUACUCGAAUUUAAAGCAAAAAAAAUAGAGUAAGCGUAAAUGCGAAAACUUGGUCAAGUGAACGGAAAGGAAUUUAUGGGCAGCGCAAGAAAACAUAAUUAAGCCCAAACAAGACACACAAAACAAAAGCAAAAACAGAGUAGCAAAAUAACACACGCUAAGCGCAAAAAAGCUGCAUAAAUCUCAAAUCAGUCAGUUAGUCAGUUAAUCACUCAAUCAGUCAGCAAAACGCUUGCAUACGGAGCGGCGUUCAGAAAAAAAAAAAACAAAAAACGCCAACGAAAUUUUGUACAAUAAAUUGCGAAAUAGCAUUUUAGCCAUAUUUAUGCCAAACAAUUACACAUUUUAAAGUGCUUAAGUACAACAACAAUUGCUUCAAAUACAACAAAAACCUAUAACAUUUCAUUUAAAAACAUAUACGUUCAAAUAAAAUCGCGUUAGUCCAAAAUAAUAAAACACCUUAACGCAACAACAACGAAAUUGUGCCAAAAACAACAACAAUUGAACAGUAUAUUGUUGGUAAUUUGCGCAUCCGCGAUACACGGUACGCUUACAGAAUUUCGAAUACUUAAAUGCAAGUGCUUUAUGUGUGACACACUGGCGAAAUCCGAAAUCCGCCAAAAAAAUAAACAAAAUACAACAAAACGUAAAAAUUACGAAAAACAGAAAAACAACAACAACAACAAAACUUAACUGAACGUCUUCAAAAUCGCAGCUUCGACUUUCCACAUAAAAAUAAAAAUUUUCUCGCCAAAUAAAUAAGCCACAGACUUGGCACUAACUGCAUUUUGAAAACCACAAAUAGCAGCGCUGCAGAAAACAGCAGAACAACAGCAACAAAUAACAUUUAACAACAAAACAAGAAGAAGAAGUUAAACAUAAAACACACACAGAAAAAAGCAUCUUCUGUGGAAUUUCAAAUACAAUAAAUUUGGGAUUAACCAGCUGCAUUAAUCGCCAACGGAAAUCGUUGGGUUCAAUGUUGCGUCUGCAUUUUGUUGCCAGCAAACAACAGUAAGCAGUCAGCAGCCUUCAAUUGGUCCAGCGGCAAUUGCACAGAAAUAUUUAACGUUUUUUUCGUACUCAUUCUCGCUUUACACUCCUCGCGCCUCGACGCCCCUAUCGACAAGCCAGCAUCGCGCUGCAUAAUGCAUUGGUUCGCUAAAAGAAACAGUAAUUCAACUAAACUUCGUACCGUUACAGCGGUAUUGCCAUUAUGAAUCACCGCGUGACGUGCACGUGAAUCAUAAAGGGCGAAAAGUAUUUUGGUGGCAUUUUAUUCCCCUUUCCGUUCUUGUCUCAUUUGAAUAACAAAGUUGUGUGAAUCCAGAAGCAGCAGCAGCCAGAAAGCAGCUGCUAAGAGUGGAGUGCUUGGAGGUGAUCUUGAAAGUGAUCUUCGAAAAAAUAUUAUCAGGGCGAAACGCGAAAUUAAGUCAAGUGCAUAAGCAGCCAGACGCUGGUGAAUUCUUAUCGUGAGAACGUUAUGGCAUCACAUUUGAGUUGGUUCGUCCAAUUACUAUUCCUGCUACUGAUGUUGGCGCGAGCACCGACGAUCGAUACGCGGCCCGCAAGCGCAGCACCAACAGUCGAUCUUAUUGCGGGCAAUGAGUUUCUCAAGUUGCUCUUCGAACGUGACGAAGCGCAGCGUGAACUGCAUAGUGGCGAGCGCGACACCAGCGAACGUGUGGCGCGCGGCGUGGAAGCACGUAUCAGCAGCGGUAGAGGGGCGGUUGGCGAAAGGCGGGUAACGCGCGCUGAUCAUUACCAAUCGGCAGGCGAAGCAACCACGCAGCCGAGUGAUUUGGGUAAUAGAGGCGCGGCGGCGCGUAGUCUUAGUUAUAAGAGUCGGAAUGUGCAGAAUGAAGCGACAGCGACCACGACGGCCCGAACGACGGCAGCGGAGGGUAAACAGGUGGUGAAGCUGGUGACAUCAGGCAGUAAAAUUGUGUUCCUCGAAGAAUACGACGACAAUGACGCCAUUGUGGAUGCGGUGGCGCGUGACAUUGAUCUAAAAAAAGAAGUUACACACUCGCAGAGUAAAACGAGCUCAAAGACAACUGCGGCGCAACAAGUGCAUACACCAGAAAAAUCAAAUCCCAGCGAUGAAGUCAAGGUGGUGGCGGUGAGUGUGUCUUCAUCCAGCAAACGGGGUGGUCAAAGUCGCACAAACAAUCAAUAUCACACAGUUGACACAGAUAUGUCAAAACAGAGCAAUAAAUUCUCGGAGACACGUGCGUCAAUGCCACACACAGACGUAAUGCGACAGCUGUACAAGCAAACACCACAUGACAACAGCGCUGACAAAAGCCACAGCGCAGGCAGCAUGUCCACCAUGACGGCAACACUAACAACCACAACAGCACCAACUGCGCUGAUGACCGCGUCGGCAACCUCCACUAUGGAGGACUUUGUGAAUCGCUCACACAAAAGCGAAUUCUCAAUUGAGGAAGCCGAACCGUUGACAAUGUCGCCGCAAAAGUUGCGCGGCUCACCGCAUGCGGCAGCACGCGUUAAUAGUCCACGCUCACUGCACACGCCACAUGCCGUCAGUGGACGUGCCGUCAAAAUGGCUGCCAAUCUGGAUGCGGUGGACUCGGAGAAUAGCGCUUCGACGAAUGUACAAAACGUGUUGGCAGCGCCAUUGGCGCAGUCUGCAUCAGCACGCAGUGCUACUGUCACCGCACCGGCUGCAUAUCACAGUGGCAGCAACAAACGUAACGGCACGUCCUCACCCAUAAAUCACGGCAUUGCAAAUGUGGCGCAUUCACAUGUCAACACGCAAAUGAGCGGUGAUGAUGACAUGAGCGAUACCAUUAUGCGUGACACGUCCGCUGCGGAUGCCGCCGACGCUGAUAUGGAUGAGAAAUUGUUGCCCUUCCAAACAGUGAUCUACCACAAUACCAAGGAGGGACACGGCCCACAGUCCCGCUCAAUAUCGUAUAGUUCGCUGUCGCAGAAUGUGGAUGAUUUACAUGCGUGGCGUCACUCGGGAAUAUUAGCCGAAGCGCAACGCAAUGUCAGCGAAAGCUUAAAGCCACUGCAGCGUGCGCAAUUGGCACACAACUCAGAGCCGUCGAAAUUCUAUUCUGUGCCAUCGAAAAUGUACAGCGAACCAUCGAAAUUCUACUCGGAACCGGCUAAGGUGUAUUCCGAACCGGCUAAAGUUUACGGUGAGCCCGAGAAGUUUUAUUCCGAACCGGCUAAAGUAUAUGGUCAACCAUCCAAGUUUUACUCAGAGCCAGCAAAGGUUUACUCACAGCCUGCUAAAGUUUAUGGUGAACCGGCGAAAACUUAUUGGUCGCCCAGCGCAUCGGGUGCUGCUCUAACGACUUCAACAUCUCCGCCGAGCUCUACAAGCUCCACAAGUACAAGCUCAGCCACCACUGCACGCCCUGGUCGUUACAUGCCCUCACGCCGACCGGCCAUUGUGUCACGCAUCGCUUUCGGUGAGGCACAAACCUCAACAACAGCGCCACCUCAACUGGCAGAUGAACACCCACCACCAGUCACAAUGUCGGUUCCCAUUAACCAGCAGCAGCAUCACACGCAUCACACACGUUUUCAGUCGCAUCCACACAGCCAUAGUCACAGUCACGGUGCGCAUAGUUCGCAUGGUGCACAUGAUUCACAUAGUUCGGUGCAUGCGCACUCGCAUACACAUUCCGCCAACAGCCAGUCACACGCUGAAACAGCCUCACAACCUGCCCAAUCGCAGUCACAAUCACAGUCACAGGCGGCGCAAUCGCAACCACGUCGGGUACUCUUCAACUUGGAUAAAUUGCCGUAUGAUUUAUUGAAUGCGCCGCAAUCACCACAACAUCUCUUGGAUCCCGACUUCUCGCACAGUCCACCGGCGGCUGUUACCUACUCAUCGCCACGGCAACGUCAAUGCUUGGAGUCCGCCUUCUCGGCGUCGUUGUCUCAAUCAGCCUUGCAACAACAGCAGCAGCAGCAACGUCAAUAUUCGUCAUUGUCGUCGGACCAACAUUCUAAUCAAAAUGCCAAAGGAUUGCCUAAUAGAGAUCUAGUCAAGUGUGUUUCCAAAUACAACCAACCAUUAGCCACAUCAACGGCGACAACAGAAAGCAGCCACAAUGGCGACGACGACGACAACAAUAAUGACGGCGGCGACGGCUUGUAUACGCCGACCCCAGAGCAAAAUUACGAAAUUGAAGAGUCCGUAAGUGUUAUGACAAACGGACGAGCCCACGGUAUACAAGGCAAUGCGGCGGUGACUACAACGGCAAGACCGAAAUUCCCCAAUCGCGGUGCGAUACACCAUCAACAGCAACAACAUCACUAUCACGGCAACGCCAACUCGAAUGCCAAUAUGGACAACAACUAUGAUGAUAAUGUGGCGAAUGUUGGUGGUUUGGAUGGCGGCAGCGAUGAUGAUGGCAUUGCUGGGGAUGGCAGUAAAACCGGCGAUGGCAGUGACGAUGACGACGCCAAGGUGGCGUACGUGGUCGAGGGACGCAACUAUCGCAAGUAUCGCGUGGAGGAGAAGACCGACGACGGUUUCAUUGUUGGCGAGUACGGUGUGGUGGACCAUAAUGAUGGCAAUUUACGUGGCGUACGUUACACCGCCGAUUCGACCAUCAAUCGCAGUCUGAUACAAAAGGCGUUGUUGACAUUUCUUAAGCUCAAGUAGUAGUAGUCAAGUAGUGGACAGCGUAAGGUGAUGUUGGUGGCGCAGUGCUGUUAAGGUGUGCGGCAAAUGGUAUAUGGCGGCAAAAGUACUUACUAAGUUAUAUGGUGGUUGGUGGUGCGCGUAAGGUAUAGCGGUGGGCGGCAAUGUGAUGCGCAGCUGCAUGCGUCGGCAAGCUCUACGCUCUCGCCAGACGAGUGGUAGGUAGUGAGUUGCUGGCGCGCAGAAUGUGAUUUGUUAGAGCGCCAGACUUUGCUGCACCGAGUUUGCUUUGCGUGACCCAAAGGUUUCUUAGCAUCCAGUAUGCCAGUAGUUAAGUAGUUGAACGCCAACGCCGACGCCCGAACAGUUCUGUGCGCCUCUUCGUAGAGAGCGUGUCGUUGAGCGCAAAGUAUUUCUUGUCUAUUCCUUGUGAGUUUCUCAUUUUUUUAUUAUUUCAAAUUUUAUUUUCGUAUUUUGUACUUUUGUUUAAAACCCCUUAGACAAGCUGAAAAAUAUGUGAUCCAAGUCGUACUGUAGGUAGGUAGUUUAACUAGGAAGGAAUACACUAAGGCAUAGAUAAAUAAAAAAAAAAAACAAACAUUAAGCGAACACAACUAGCAUGCUUAAGCACAAAUGGAUAUAAAUAUAUAUAUAUAAGAGUUUACAUCGUUUAUAUGUAUGUAUGUAGACACUCGUAUUUAGUUAGAAGAUAGUCGUAACUAGCGCUAAUUUUUUCAUAGUUUAUUUAACGUCAAUAUUGCGCUUUGAUCGCAAUCGUUUGUGUAUUUAAUUUAUUAUAGUUUUUUGUGUUUUUAUUUUUUUUAUAUUUAUUUUGAUAGUGUUUUAUAUACAGCAGUCACCAGCAUACAUAUGUGUGUGUAUGUAUGCCUGUGUAGUUGCAGUAGUUUAGUCUUCGUUUUAGUUAACUCAUGUUUAGUGAUUUAUUGCAAAUGAAAACCACUUGCCAUAAAUUUCCGUAGCAAAACAAAACAAACAAAAAUAACAAAAAAACAAUAACAAGCUAGUAGCAGUUAAAAAAAACUAUUGAUAAUUGUAAUUUAGCAAAAAAUUAUUAUUUCUUACAUACGUAUAUAUACAACUGCUAAGUAACUUCAAUACUCAUAAGCAAUUGCAACAAGUCGAUAUUUUUCCACACGGACCAUCAGUGUCCACAAUUAAAGCUAAUACUUUUAUUUAUAUAUUUAGUAAUAAUUGUACGAUUUCAAAUUAAUUAAUUUAAGCGAUAGACAAUUUCUUAGCGUUAAGCGAAUUGACUUAGAAAGAAAAUUUAGACAUGUAAGUUUUUUUUAUCAAAGAAUCGUGUUGUCUUAGUAAAAGAAAAUAUAUGAAAACUUUAGGCAAACAAAUUUAUUUACAUAAAUAUUGGAAAGCGAAAUAUAUAUAUGUACAUACAUAUAUUAAUAGAUGAUUGGCAAAAAAUUAUUAAAUUUUAAGUCUUAUGAAAUUGCUACGCUUUCAUUUACAAAAACAAACUAAUCGCAAAGAUUUUUUAUUUUACACAUAUUAGAGACCCAAACGAGUGAUACUGGCAUAAGCAUCAGGAUUGUAUGAGUAUUCUUUUUAUGUCGUUUUUUUGGAAUCGUGUAAUUCCUCAUACGAUGUCAAUUCUGCCGAUACGGUGUCAUAGAUACGACCAAUUGCGAUUUUGCCAUUAUUGUAAGCUCCUUAAUGAGUCGAAGGCAUUAAAAGAUCAUUACGAAGCUAAUUCAAACUUAGAUUUCAAUAACUCGUAUGAGUUAUACAUAUAUUUUCGGCUACCGAGUCUUAAAUAUGUCUGAAAUAUCUCUUCAUUAACAAAUUCUCCUCAAGAACCAUAUUUCGAUCAAUAUCAAAAUCUUAAAAUAAUACCGGCAAGCUUUGUGAAAUACAUGAGUUGAUCUCUACUAUGUAAAAUUUUUUUAAGGAAUCCAUUAGUCAUUUGAAGUCGCCUUGAAACUUAUAAAAGCAACUACAACCCUUACUUGUUGGAUGUGUCUUUUUUAAAUCCGAAGAAGACUUACCGUUUUACGUUUUUAAAGGUACUGUAUUAAGAACUUUGACUGUUAGAAAAUAUACAUUUUUUUAUUCAUCAUGACCCAUUUUGACUCAGACAGCUUCAAUGCUAAUUGCACUUUUGGGAUCUUAUCAACACUUCAAUUUCGGUUCAGAGCUCAGUGAUCAGCAUUCUGGGAAAGUAUUCUAUCUAUAAAUUUGGAUUGUUUAGAAAGUAUCCCAAAAAGAUUUUCUAGAAAUUCGAAAUAGAUUCUACGUGUGUUAAACUUCCCUGAAAUAAUCUAAUCAAUAGAUUCAAACCAAUGUAAAGUAUACAAAGUUUGGGCGAAUCUGGGAAAACUGAAAAAUUGUUGAAAUUUAGGAGAUGCUAUUUUUGAGUCAUAAAAUAAUUUGGAUGCGAUAUUGAACUAUUAACUGGUUUUGAGUCAUAGAUAUGAAACAAUUUCUUAAGAAAUUAAUAAGAUUAAUUGCCCAAACUUAAGGACUAUUGAGGUUAUGGUCAUGAGUAGUAGUGUAGUUCCACCACAUACACUCUUUUAAGGGAUUUGAAAACAGUUCUGAAAAUAGUUUACUAAACUCUAGAGAUAAUGUAAUUAGGUAGCUAUGGGAUUUCUCUGUGAGUCUGCGUUUGACAAUGUCGUAAAUAAUUUUUUCAGCGGAGCGAAAAUCACUUGGUUUAAUUGAAUAGUAAUGAACAUAUAUAUUUAUGUAUCUCAGUCACAACAAUUGAAUUUAGAAGCAAUUAAGACCGAAAACACGUCGCACAAUGAUAAAAAAUAAAAUCCAUUUCAUAUUUUGAAUUAAAUCAGAAUAUAGAUAAAAAACGAUAAACACACUGACAGGCCAUUAUUCGUUGAAAUGAAAGCGUACUAGUAAAUAAUUAUAUAGAAAUACUUAUUUUUUUUUUAAGUACAGCAGAUAAUAAAUGACGAAGGUAGUAAACUAAAUAUACUAUAAUAUACCUACAUAUACAUAGGUAAUGUAUAUGUAAAGACGAAUAAAUAAUGAAAAAAAAAACAUUCGAACAACUAUUGCAAUUCGCAAUAUUUCCUAUAAAAGGUAUGAUGAAAUGCUACCUUGAAUUGUUCCUUUUUAAAUAGACGAAGAAAAACUCAAAAA